CAUAAAAAUAUUGACAGGGUGGGUCAAAGGCAAUGUCAAAAGCGAAACAGAGAGUGUACAGGACUAUGACUCACAGGAGAGAAGUAUAAAAGCAGUAGUUUCACCACUUGAAAGUUAUUGGCAUCGAAGACUUAACUGCUGACAAGCGCGCAGAGAGUCAUCCAUACAUACGCUUAGGAAAGAAAGAUUUGUGCAUGUUUCUAGCUCGUCUUAUGGAGGAGUCUCCGGAGUGUCAUGCCCCAUCUGAUGAGUUCAAUAAGACUGGGAUUGUAAUAUGUGAAUCAGACAAAGUUCACAAAGUGGUCGCUAUGAGUUUCUCCAAACCUGGGCUGCAUGCUGUACAACAUAUCAUUCUGUGUCUUCCCUUUUCUCUGCGUGACCACACUAUAUAUUUGUCAAGGAAACCAUGCUCAACUUGUACAACAUUCCUCAUUCAAGGUUCAGUUUCUUCAGUCUACUACUGGCCAAUAGCUCCUGAAAAAAAGGGUAAUGAUUCAGUGGUUAAAGAAGAUUCUCAGCAAGCUGACUGUAUGCUUCUCGGAAGUCAUAUAAGUAGCAGUGUGCUCUUACCCACAACAAGCUUUGAAACUGUGAAAAUGAUUGCAAAAAAAACACGAUGCAAAGGACAGCCAAACAGCAAUUUUAAGUUGUUCAGUUAUCAAACUGAAGACUUUGAAAAAUAUCAUUCCCUUUUUAACAUAGAUAAAGAUAUGUAUGUCAAACGGAUGGAAAAUGCUUUACGUUGCUAUGAUUUUUUAUUGGAAUGUUCCCAACUUGAGAAGAAAGAACCAAAGGAAAAUGUUCAUCGACAUGCAUUGCAGCUUUGUUAUUUUUUAGCAGCAAGAUCUGGUAAGUUACGGUGAAAGUAUAUAAAGAAUCGUAACCAAAUAUAAAGAAUGGAUUACCGUCCAUCUGGUUUUUAUUACUGCCAUUGAUUCAUUCAUUAAGCUACUUCAAAGAGUAAGUAUUUCACAACAUAUGUGGAUACCAGAAGAAUUGUCACGCUUUCCUCACAUAACUGCUCAAAUGUUUUCCAUUAGUAUAUUUGUUACACUAAAGUUUAAUGUUAUUGUUUAUAAUGUUUGUUGCAAUACUGAGCUAAAACCUAAAGUAGAAGAUGGAAACACAUGUUAUGGAAACAUAGAAAAUAAUGUUUUAUCACUUAAUGCAUUUUGGAGGGGGGAAAGAAUAUUAUGUAUUGAUAGAUUUAAACAUUCUUAGUAUAUUGUUA